AUGGAAACUAUUGAAAAUUCGCACAUAUCAGCUCACCAAAUAAAAUGUCUUAGAAAUUUCUUAAAGAGCACAGAUAUUCAAAGCCAUGAGAUACUUUUAGAUACACUUUGCAGAAUUAAUAAUGCAUUAAAAAUUUGUUACAAGCAUGUCUCUAUUGCUUCUGAUAAGAACGCUCUUUUAUACUGCAGUAUUAUAGCAAAGCAUCAACAAACCCUGCUACAAUUUCUUACGAACGAUAAUAAAUUUGUCGUAUAUAGUGUUCAGAAACUAAUAAUACAAUGGAUCUUUUUUCUAUCGAAUAAUGAGAAUUUAGAUCAAAUUGAUGUUAUGGAAACUCAAGAAUCCUUAAUAACCGGUCUACAUAACAUUCACUCCGCGUUUUUUGUUAAAAAUCCUAAUGCCCCUUUUGGGAUAGAGACUGGAGCUGUUCUUGAAAUUUAUCAUCACGUUUUAAAGGAUUUCAGACAUCAAUUAUUGAAGGAUGAUGAUGAAUUGUUUGAACAAAGAAUAGUUCAUCAUGUUGGUUGGC